AUGGCCCGAGGAUGGCUCAAGCGGGCGCGGGCGACGCUACCCAAGCUGCUGGUGCGCGACGACCAGCACCAUCGCCCAUGGCAGCAACUCGCGACCUGGAUCCUGCUCGUCCCACUUGUCGCGUCGACCGCCGUGAGCCUCGAACCAUCGCAGAACGCCAUCGAUGUACAGGCAGCGCGGGACCGAAUCGCGGCGCGGGCCCACGCCAACCGGAUGCGGGCCGAGACCGCGCGUAAAUCCCAGCACGUCGCCGCGCCUCGCCGCACCGUCGUCGCAACCGAACCGACGCUCGACCCAGCGCUACUGCAGACACUGGACGUUGAGGUUGGCGCGAGCAGCAGCAUCGGCAUCCGCCGGGCCAUGGAAGACCGGUCGUGCGCCGUGACCUUCUCCACGCCCGGCGACGACCCUGUCGCGUUCGUCGCUGUUUACGACGGACACGCCGGGACGCACUGCGCGUCCUUCUUGGAGACGGCGCUCGUGCGCCACGUGCAACAGAGUCUGUCGGUCACGACACUCGGCUUUGGCGCGUUGCCGCAUGCGAUGCUCGGCCCGCUCCUCACGCAGGCCUGCGCCUUGGCCGACGACAGCUUUCUGCGGUCCCACGUCGCCGACGACAGCGGCAGCUGCGCGGCCUUUGCCCUCAUUGGCCGAGAGACCUUUGCUGUGGGUAACAUUGGCGACUCGCAACUCGUGCUGGGGCACCACGGUGACGCGAUCGACUUGUGUGCGGUGCACGCGCCCAACGACCCGACCGAGAAGCGACGCAUUGAGGCGGCAAAUGGCCGUGUCCUCAACAACGGACGGUAUAUUUUCGGCUACCUCGGCGUCUCGCGCGCCUUUGGCGACCGCAUGCUCAAGGAAGACUUGGCCCGGCCCAUUGUGAUUAGCCAACCAGAUGUGGUGGUCCGCGCGCGGUCGCCACACGACGAAUUUCUCUUGCUCGCGUGCGACGGGCUCUUUGAAGUGAUGACGCCGGCGUCGGCCGCGAGCUUUGUACGCGCGCAUCUGCAAACCACUCCGACGAGCCCGGCCCAGGUGUGCGACGCGCUCGUUGCGCACGCGAUUGCGUUGGGGUCCACGGACAAUGUCAGCGUCGUGCUCGUCGUCUUUGCGCCGGAAGAACGUACACAACAUGGAGAGGGUAGAGUAGGUUAA